UUCACUUCACUUCACUUCUUUCCCUUAUUCACUUCACAAACACACAUGGAAACUGAGUCACUAUUGCCAUCUAACCCAACUUAUUACUGCGGCAUCAAGAGCUACUUGAGGAGGCGCCGCUACCAACGCGGCAGCGCUGGCAGCGGGGGAAGGAAAACAAAGGUCAUAAGGUGGUUGAAAAGAAGGCCUAGAAAGUAUUGGAGGAUAAGAAGACUUCCGAAGGUUAGAUGGGUAAUUAGAUCACCUUUGAAGAUGUUGAUUAAGCUUAAGAAUGCUUAUAUGAACUUCAUGUUAAGGUUAGCCGGCAACAUAGGAUCAUUGAACACUCACAAUAAUAUUGUUGUGUUUGGUGGGAAAAGGAUCCCAAAGCCUCGUCAAUUUUCUAUGCGUUUUUCUGGUGAUGCUUUUGAGGCAAGGCUUAUAUAUGAAAUUUCCAAGACCCUGGUUGCUUCUCAUGAAUUAAAUCCCAUGUAAUAAUAAUUGUCAAUUUUGUGAUUCUCUUCU